AAAUCAGGUUUAGUGACAAUCCCUUACAUGUAUGAUGGGUAGUUUUUCUUGAUCGCAACAUGUAUGAUUUGAGUUAGAAAUUACUCUGAUACAAUUAAUGAAAUAUAUCAAACCAAAGUGACGUGAGUAUCUUCCUAAGUUUUGGACUCAUUAAACUUGUUAAUAUUGUAGCAUAAAGUAAGUAAAGAACAUUUAGAGUAUAACCAUCAAUUUAUGUGAUAAAAUUGAAUGAGCCAAAUAUCUAAUAAUCUUCACUAUUAUGCUAUUAAUUAAACUUGUAAAAAUAGUAGUAGCACCAUUUAACCAUGCUCUGGUCGUUUCGAAGUCAAAUACUGCUGUGCAACUGUUAUAAUAGACUCUUUAUUUGUAAUUAUAACAAAUUUGUAUAUCCAAAAUAAUUGGCUAUAGGAUUCUGAGAUUAUGUCAAGUAUGGGUUUUGUUUACCAGUUCGGUCUAGUUCGAGACUUGCGGAUUCUGUUUUCUUCCUUUGAUCCACCUAUUACUUUGUUAAAGUGA